AUGAACUUGCCCUCCAGUAAACUAGGCGAGGCAGCACCAAACUUGUCAGAAAUGGUUUGCAUGCAACCGGAAAGUCCUCCGCAAGUUUCGCGAGUACAUGGAUCCAUGCGGCUGAGCCGAUCUUCAUGGACUAAAGAGCACGACUUGAAAGAACCUACUCCGGUGGUGAAGGAAACCCACCAUAUCAACAUCGACUACAACCCAGUCUCAGGGCGCAAGAAACUCAACAAGUACGAGAUAUAUCGAGAGCUGGGAAGAGGGCAGCACGGCAAGGUGAAGCUUGGUCGCGACGAGGAAACUGGACAAUUUGUCGCCAUCAAAACCGUUGAUCGUAAGGAACGGCCCCGUCUUGGACGGCCACAAGGCACUUCAACGGAAAAGAAGAUAAGAAGAGAAAUUGCAAUUCUAAUAAAGUGUCGUCAUCCUAAUAUUGUGUCGUUGCUGGAGGUUCUCGAUGACGAGUCGUCGAGAAAGAUCUAUUUGGUCCUAGAGUAUCUUGAAAAGGGAGAAAUCAAAUGGCAGAAUCCUGAUGGAUCACCGGCAAUGACUCCGGAUCAAGCUAGGCAAGUUGCACGAGAUACCUUACUUGGCUUAGAAUACCUUCAUGCCAACGGCGUGAUCCAUCGAGACAUCAAACCAGCAAAUUUACUUGUGUCCAAGGACGACGUCGUAAAGAUAUCUGAUUUUGGCGUCUCAUAUGCUGCAAAUGGCGAAUUCGCGGAUACAGACCUCGAAUUGGCCAAGACAGUCGGCACCCCGGCAUUCUUCGCACCCGAAAUGUGUGUAGUCGAUGAAACUGGAGGUCGUCGCCAUAUUAGCGCAAAGAUUGAUAUCUGGGCCUAUGGCGUGACCCUAUUUUGUAUUCUCUAUGGGUUUUUGCCCUUCGAGGCAGAUAAUGAGUAUGAACUAUUGCGAGUCGUUGCAACCCAGCCUUUGGUCCUUCCGGACCCAAAAGGUGACCACGACCUCACUCUGGCUAAUGAUUUGCUCGCACGACUCCUCGAUAAGAACCCAGAAACUCGUAUUAGCAUCCCUGAAAUCAAAGAGCAUCCUUGGCUGGCCAAUGGAAUGUCUCAGCAACAAAUGAAAAAGUUUCUAAACAGCGCGGAAGAGGCGCCUAUUCAAGUAUCCGACACUGAAGUCAACCAAGCAGUCCGAGGGAUUCGUGGACGUAUUAAAAAUGGGUUCACCAAAUGGGCUAAUAACUUCAAGCACAAUGGACGCCUUUCUGAGCCCUCUCCUAGCCACGCUAAGGACGCUUUAUCAUCUGUUCGCGUCAACAGUGUACCCACUCAACGAGAAAUUAUCGGCGAGUCGCCUGCUGGAUCAGUUGUUUCUAUCUGUGAUAAAGAUAUCCAGCCUGCGUCUCCGGCAAGAGUUGAGAAUGGUAGUAUGUCUGGUGAUGCUGCUGUCUCUACUGAAACUUCUGCGUCUGAAAGUUGUCUCAGACCUCUGGAAUUACAAAAAGAUACAUUUGCACCGCUUGAAAUGUGGGAGUCCUCCUCUUCCAGUGACGAAGAUACAGGCGAGCUCACUCUGGUUCUUGGGCGUAAACGAACCGUGUCUGGAUCUGGAGAACAAUCAAAGUCCCCGCAAGGCUAA